GUGAUGAUAAGGAGGGAUGCCUUACAUGGCGGUGCAGAGCCUAUCUCUCUUAGCCAAGAAUGGCUUGCCUCUCUCUACUAUUUGGUCCAUCAUCAGGGAGUCCUCAUGAUGGAUGAAAUGUGGAUGAUGGCGGUCAUUCUUGGCUAAGCGAGUGAUUCUCUUCCACCAUGCUAGGCUAGCCCUCUUUCUAAUCCUCGCCUUGACCCCCUUUUUGCAUGCCAAAAGUUACAUUGUGUAUUUGUUGGUACAAGUUAGAGCCGGAAUCAUAUUCAAGACCGUCAAGUCUUAAGAAGCACGGUUUUGAGCAAUUGAAGAUAAGAAAGGCAAGUAAAAGGGUACGUUAAUUAGUGGUAUGGGUCGAUUCCCUUUCUUUUUGCUGUUUGAUAAGUGGUGGUUUAGUUAUUGUUCUUUUCUUCUAAUUCGUCAUGCUAAAAUUGAUUGCGAGUUGUGCAUUUACUUAAGAUGGGCACGGCAGUCCUAGAUCUUUAAUAAUGAAUCACCACAGGGCCUUUUGCUUGUUCUCAGGAACACUUACUCCAUAGUUGCAUUAACCUUCUAGUAGCAGUACGGUGGCAGAAUAUAAAUUUAUUUGUCGAAAUAUGUAAGUAUUAGUCAAGUUGUCCAAGUUAAAGUAGAUAAAUCUCGCUACAUUUCUUGGGUGCGCUGAGUUUUGCCGAUGGGAUCCUCCUCGAGACAUACGAGAUGAAUGGUCGUUUGUGAUGAAAGUGGGGCACUUUGACGUACUCUGGGGUGUUGGAGAAUUUGAGGUUCUUUAGAGGCACAAUCAUUGCUUGAUAGGCCAAGACAUCUAAUAAUAAACUAAUCCUUAGGAUAUACAAAUAGGAUAUGACAUAUUUAUAAAUUAAUCCUUGAAACAAUUGUUUGAAAUAAUGAUGAGAAAAUUUUGUAAUAUAUCUUUUAACAUGUCCACCACCAUCUCGUAAAAUUUAAACUGGAAGCUUCACAUGUACAUAGAGAAAAAAAACAAAUCUUUUUACGGGUAAAUAAAUUGGACGAGUGAUAUAGUGGUUGAAGUAACUUGGACAAAAGUAGUUUAGAGAGUUAUUCAAAUUUUUUGUCACAUUUAAGGUAGUAAUUGGACUCUUUUUUCUUAAUACUUACUAGCUGAUUUUACUCGUACCAAAUCAAAUAAACAGAGACCACAUGGCUACAUGCUGAUCAUCUUUCUUUGGCAGUGAGCUCAAAUGCUUUAAGUUUUUUCACAUGUCAUGGAGCUGUUCUUUUGAAGAACAUGAUCAUGCUGUUGUUUUGUUGAUGAUGAUAUUAUUAUUAUUAUUAUUAUCAUCAUCAUCAUCAUCAUCAUCAUUAUUAUUAUAAUUAUAUAGUAAGAUUUGGGAGGAGACGAGGAGUCGGAAGGUAGGCUAGAUAUACCCGAUAGGCGGCCCCUCUUGCUUCUUUCUCCCCUUUCACCCCUCUCCCUCUCCCGCCCUCUCUCUCUCUCUGUCUCUCUCUCUCUCUCUCGGGCUGCGACGACUGGGCGAGCGGUGGCGCCGUUCGCAGGUCUUCGUCGGAGGCGAAGAAUCCCACCAGGGUCCGCCCCUGGUUACAGCAGCGAUGAACUGUGGCGAUGGGUGCUUGUGCUGGAUGGUGAGUUCUUGAUACGAUGGAGGGAGAACGGACCGAAGGCGAUGAGCUGAUUGUCGAUUAUGUCGAUUGUCUCAUGUCUCUGGACACCAACGCUCGGGCUGGCCCGAGCGAUGGUCUCAUUUUCGGUGCUCCUGUUGUGGAAGGGGCGGUUGGAGGCGGAACGGAGCCGGAUGCCAUGAGAGAUUUUGCUUCAGCUGAGGACCCCAAGGAGCCUGUGCUCGGUAUGACAUUCGAGUCUGACGAAGCUGCAAAGGCGUUCUACAAUGAGUAUGCCAGGCGGCUCGGUUUCCCCUUCCGUGUUGGCAGGUCUCGGCGCUCCAAGGGCACAGAGGAGGUAGUUGUCAUGAAGAGGUUCGUUUGCUCCAGGGAAGGGGUGUACAAGAAGAAACAGACCUCACCAGAUGAGGCUACAAGGAAGCGUGAGAGGAUGUCAAUGCGGGAAGGUUGCAAUGCUAUGAUGGAGGUGGUUAGGGAGUCAGACCAUUGGGUUGUCUCCAAGCUUGAGAAGGCACACAAUCAUGACCUGGGCACUUGCAGUACCAACGUUGGGUGUCUUCGUGCUAGAGGUUUGCUAGGUGGAUCUGAUAAGGUCACUAUGGUGGGGCCUGACGAGAUGGCAUUUCUUAGGCAGAAUGUUCUUGGGGAAGGAGGAGAUGCUCAGGGCCUUAUUGAUUAUCUCAAGAAGACACAAGCCAGUGACCCUGCUUUCUCCCAUGCCAUACAGGUUGACAAGAAUGGCUGCGUGGUGAAUGUUUUCUGGGCUGAUGCUAGGGCCAAAGCAGCUUAUCGGCAUUUUGGGGAUGCUGUUACAUUCGACACGUCGUACAAAAAGAACAAGUACAUGAUGCCUUUUGUUACUUUCUCAGGAGUCAACCAUCAUCUGCAGCCUGUUAUUUUUGGAUGUGCAUUGCUUAUGGAAGAGACUGAGUUCUCGUUUGUUUGGCUAUUUGAAACAUGGCUAUCAGCAAUGGGAGGAAAGGUGCCAUGCUCAUUAGUCACUGACCAAAACAGGGCCAUGAAGGCUGCAAUUGGGAAGGUUUUUCCAAAUUCCUGUCACCGUUUCUGUAAGUGGAAUAUUUUGAGUAGGACCAGACAAAAGCUGACCCAUGUAUACACAGAGCAUCCAACCCUAAGAGAUGAGCUUGAAAGCUGUGUUCUUGAGUCUGAAACUAUUGCCACAUUUGAAACAAAAUGGACGUCAAUCAUUGAUAAAUAUGACUUGAGAAAGAAUUCAUGGCUUCAAGCAAUAUACAACAUCCGCCAAAAGUGGGUUCCUUUGUACUUGAUGGAUACAUUCUUUGGAGAAAUUGCGCCCACAUGGAAAUUGGAAACCAUGAAUGAUUUCUAUAAGAAAUAUUUUAAUGCAAAAACAACACUGGAAGUUUUUCUUAAUCAGUUCAAUUUGAGCAUGGCAAGCCAAUAUGAGGAUGAAGCAAAAGCUGAUAUGGACACCUACUUAAACAAGGCAACUACAAAAACUGCAUCCCUAAUAGAGAAACAGGCAGCAAGCACCUAUACCAAAGCAGUCUUCAGUAAAUUUCAGGAGGAAUUCACAGAGUCUCUGGGUUUUAUUAUUCAGAAAACUGGUGAUGGUUGUAUAAGCAAAUACAGCAUCACGAAAGAUGAAGAUCCAUCCGAAACAUUCUAUGUGACUUAUAAUGCUUCGAAUAAGAUGGCAAAAUGUAGUUGCAAAUAUUUUGAAUUCUCAGGUAUUUUGUGCCGUCAUAUUCUUGGAGUAUACAUAAUAGUCGAUCCGCGCACACUUCCUCCUGAUUACUUUUUGAGAAGAUGGACAAGGAAAGCCAGAGAUGAUGAUGCUUUGUUAGAAGAAAACAACAAUUAUCAUGAUGAGGAUCCUUCUCAGUCCAUUACUAGCCGUUACAAUGUCCUAUGUGUUGAUGCCAUUAGAUGUGCUGAGAAGGGAGCUGGAUCAGAGGCAGUCUACAAAGCAGCAAAAGAUAUCUUACAGAAGGCAUAUCAAGAGAUUAUUGCUUAUGAAAGAAAUCCUGGUCGGGGUUCCCAAAGGGAUGCCAUUAACAUCAAUGAGGACGUCACAAUAGAUGAUGCAAUGAAUGAUCAGUCUAUGCCAGAUUCUGGACGGAAGGAUGUCCACCUGACUGUAGGAAACAAGGACAAUUUUGUUUGAAGAUGCCAGAUCAUUUCUGAAUGUAAUGAAGUCUUUGUUGCGUCCAUACUCAGUAUGCUGUAUGGUGCUGCCUGUAUGUCUGAAACUGCUGAAGGUGAGUGUGUGAACAUCGAAUUAUUUGCUACUCAGGUUUUAGAUUACUUUUCAUAAAAAGUACAUCCGUUGUGGUCCCUUAAACUCUUCCUAUGGUUUAGUUUCCUUCUGGCAAUCACUCAUGUGCAACCUUAUUCCUCACAUAUCCCCCAAAAUGUCGAAACCAGUGUAGAAUUACAUAACAAGGCCGGUAUUAUUGGCGUUUUUUCAACCAUGUUAAUAACAAUACCAUCAACUUGCACCCACAUGUCAGUAACACUUUAUUCCUCCCCUACCCCAACAGACCAGAGCAACACGUGAAUGGUAUAUGCACAAUACACAUGCAAAAGAAUAAUAAGCUCAGAACAAACAGUUAAUAAUGAUUAUCAAACUGUCUAUUUGCACAAACAUAUAAAAGUAAAAUGUUGCCCUAGAUUUGUUUAGUACAAUGUGACUCGCUAAUAUACCUCCGACAUGUGAAAACUUCAUUUACGUUUAUGUACUGAGUAUCAAGCAGUACCAACAACAGGAGCUAGCUUUUGUGGGCAACAUGAAUGCCACAUGGAGAAUGAAAAAACCGAGCAUUCAAGCAGCAUGUAUGUGGUGGCACAAGUGGUAAGUGGUCCAUUUAGGACUCAAACACCUAGCACAGUUGCUCACCCUUCAAGGAGGGUGGUGCUUAGGCUUCAGGCAAAGCAGCAAUCUAAGCAUGCAUUUUAUCUAUAGUGACCUUAGGGCGUGGUUUGCGUAAUUUUGACAGUUGGAGCUAUCUGGUUUUGCAGCAGCUGCUAGAGAAAAUGAGAGACCUUGGAUAGAUUUUUUCCUUUGAUAAAUGCAAAAUGACCCACUUAUCCUAUUCUAUCUCUUUCCAUUAAUGUAGGGUGUAUUUUUUGUAGAGAAGUCUUCAAAAGUAGAUUUUUGACAUUUAAUUUCUCUUGCAAUAUAUUGUCAAUUGCUACAGAAUUAACACCAUCUUAGAAGUCCCUGAAAUGAGAACCUGUUGACUAAUCUUUGUACAAGAAACACAACUAACUUGACUAAUCUUUGGUCAAAAGUUGCAAAGAUGAAACCAAAAACUAAUAUAUUUUCUUUGGGAAAAGGGGCAGGAUAUUUCUCAAAGAGAUGCUAUUUGUUUUCGUUAAUUCAGUGUUUACGAAAGAUAGUCUUCAUAGGCACAUCUUAGAGGCAGGGAAGUUCUUGCUUUCUAUGCUACUCUGUCAAAGUGGCAUUGAAGAGAAAAAAAAGUGGCACUGUUCUUGUUGAGGAGAACUUUUAAUAUCUUUAGUAUGCUCUAAUCAUGUUGCCAAACCGUUUUUUAAUUAGGUCGGAGCUGCUGGAGAUAUGUUUUCCUGAUGAGAGAUUGCUAAAAAAAAAUUGCAAUACAAUUAUAUUUUAUCUAUGUUGGAGCUUUGUCCAUUGAAUCCUGCUGAGUAUAUUGUGAUGCCUCCCAGGAUGACGAGGCAACACGAGGUUUGAACAUUGCAGGUAACUAGGAUCUGAUGAAUUCGAUAACAGAAAAGCCUCUGAAGAGUCUCAACUUUCUUCCUCAGGGUCGACGCAUAUUGUUGGCUCCAGGACUGCCCAGAAAGCGGGAAUGCUACUUGACCCCAACAGAGAUGUGCCAGGUGGCGUCAAACCACACCCUGUCCAACUUCAAUGGACACGAGCCUAGCCUUAGAUGCCAUUGGAAACUGAGUUCUGGUGGAGGCAAGGACCUGUGAUGAUAAAUGUAGAAGCAGCCCAGAACAUCUGCAACGAAGUAUGCCAGGGCAAAAUGUAUCACUGUUAUCUUAUCGAUAAUUGAAAUUUGGAGAUUUCUUGUUCGGUCUUU